AUGGCACUUUUGGUGAGCAUAUUAUGCGGUACAGCACUGGUAGUCGCGUUGACUAUAGCCAGAAGCAGUUGUCUUGACCUCAAUCCGACCUCCAAAUGCUUAUCCGAGAAGCUGUCAAAUCCGGUCAGAUUUUAUGGCACGAAGACUACUUACACUGUCGCCAAAGAGGCCCUCGACUCCACCCAACCAUUGGAUCCCAAUUGGUAUUCAGUGCCCAACUACUACUUACACUGUCGCCAAAGAGGCCCUCGACUCCACCCAACCAUUGGAAGGGUUAACCAUAAGUCACGGGUUGACAUUCGGUUAGUACAAAAUGAAGUAGCCUGCGGUGCGAUAGGCUAUGGGGCUACGGCUUCUAUCAUUAAUGGCUCUGAACACGGAUUAACCGAACUCUGCGAACAGGACUUACAGUCCAUCCGCAAGUGGACUCUCAAUAUGAAUGAGACGGACGACAACCGGAUCAGUGAUACCGGAGUUGUCGAGACUCGAGCUCUCGCCAAAAACUUUAAACAAAGAUAUCCUUCACUUCUGGAUCCAACAAAAGCCAAGAUAGAGAUCGGA